AUGGUGUGCUUGCGAGGCAAAGCAGCGACUGGAGAAAGUUGUGAAGAAUUUUUUCAAUCUUUCUUUAGAAGAAAAGAUGAAAACGAAGAGGGACGAAGUGGAUCCGAUGAGUUAUUAUUAUGGGAACAUACAAAAAACAUUAGCGAUUGGAAAGAAGUGUUUGAUGUGCAUUUCAAAGAUCUCAUGGUUCUUCAUACUUCAACAGAUCAUGAAGAUGAAGGUUUAAUACUUGUUUACAACAAGUGGCCUCAGUAUCCUUCUGAUUUCAGGGAGGCAUACGAAGAAUAUGCAAAACACGCGGUAAAACUUGCGUUCAAGCUUUUAGAACUCGUCUCAUUAAGUUUAGGCUUACCAAGUGAACGUUUUCAUGACUAA